GAAAUCUUGUUGAACUAAUAUUAUCGGACACAGAUCUUGAAAGUUGUCAAGUACAGUGUCUCCAAACUGUAAUAUAAGACGUUGAAACUAUUUAGUUGCAAUCGUCUUUUACUUAAUGACUUCUUGUGGAUAUACAGGUUCCUAAAACUGAGAAAAUAGGAUGGAGAUUAGAUUGAGAUAUCUUUUUAUUUUUACACUGGUAAAGUUGGCUAUAACAGGAGACAUUCCCUGCUCAGCUAGGCUUGAACAAUAUGGUUACAUUUGUGUGUGCAAUGAGACAUACUGUGACACUGUGGAGAGACCUUCCCAACUUCCCCGGGGACAAUACUACCAUUACAUGACAUCUGAGGACAGUCCAGGGUUCACUAAAACUGUGGGGACAUUCCUCAAUAUCUCUGAUACAUCCAAUAUCUCCAGUGAUGUAUAUAUUUCGGUAAACUCUGAUCUUCAAUACCAAACUUUUGUUGGAGUUGGAGCUUCCUUCACUGAUUCUUCUGGAAUGCUGUUUCAUUCUCUUCCUUUGGGAGUUCAAAACAAGUUUGUAGAGUCAUUUUUUGGGUCAUCUGGCUUGGAAUACACCUUGGUUAGGGUUCCAGUGGCAUGUUCAGACUUUUCGACACGUCCAUAUUCAUAUGACGAUGUACCUGGUGAUAUGGAGUUAAAAUACUUUAAUUUAACUCAAGAAGAUUAUAUAUUGAAGAUUCCAUUGAUAAAAAUGGCUCAAAAUGCAAGUACCAGAGGUUUAAAACUGGUUGCUACUCCUUGGACUGCCCCUUUCUGGAUGAAAUCAAACAACUCCACUCAGCCAGGCUAUCUUCACUCGCAGUACUAUCGUGCUUGGUCUAACUAUAUACUGAAAUUUUUCGAAGCCUAUAAUGAACAGGGAAUAGAGUUUUGGGGACUCACUCAAGGAAAUGAGUUCAUAGUCCCAAUUUACUUUGGUGCUUUCUUCAUCAUGCCUAACAUGAUAAUGUUGCCUUCCCAAGCAAGAUAUUGGACGAAAGCAUACCUGGGUCCAAUUCUCAGGACAUCAGACUACAAACAUAUCAAGAUUCUCACUUUGGAUGACGAACGACCAUUUAUGUCCUGGUGGUCAGACAGAAUGUUUACUGACAAAGAAGCUGCCCAUUAUAUUGAUGGUAUAGCUUUACACUGGUACUUUGACAAUAACAGAUCAAUUUCUGAAUUGGAGCAAUUCAACAAGAAAUAUCCUGACAAGUUUAUACUGUAUACUGAGAGCAGCAUCAACACUUUCCAAAGUGGUGGCAGUGCAGUAAGUUUAGGUGAUUGGUCCAGAGCUGUUAGAUACAUAAAUAAUGUUUUCCAGAACUUUGGUCACUGGGUGGUUGGUUAUGUGGAUUGGAACAUUGCCCUGGAUGAAUCUGGAGGUCCGACGGGACCCUCCAAAGUGCCUCUGGAAGCUUCAGUCAUCAUUAAUGCAACAAGAGGGGAGUUCUACAAACAACCUAUAUUUUAUGUUCUUGGGCAUUUUUCCAAAUUUAUCCAGCCUGGUGCUAAAAGAAUUGAUGUUACAAUCAGUCAAGACUCGAUUAGUGCUCAUGGAAAGAAAUUUCAAGGAGAAAUGAAUGUCAGCACAACUGCCAGUCCAUUCCCCACGAGAAAGCCAGAUCCUCCAAGCAAUGUAGUCCUGGCUCUAGCCACAAAAAACCCUGACAGCAGCUAUACACUUAUUGUUUAUAAUCCGAGAGCAGUGCCAGCAAAUGUGAUAGUAAAUGACAACAGAAUAGGAACAUUCAACCAGACUGUACCUCCUCACUCCCUCAACUCCUUUGUCUACUGGUGAUAAAUAUAAUUGUUCUUUUUAUUUGGGGCAUCAAUUUUGUUCAUAUAUGUGUGCAAUAACACUUAAACUAAUGUAAUUGAAUCUUUAUUGGUAAGAUAGAAUAAUGUUUUGAAAAAUAUUUCAUUAUCAGAUAUGUUGGUGAUUGUUCCAAGCAUUAUUUUAAAACUUGCAAUGAUUUUUGUUGUUUUACAUAUUUCAAUUUGUACUAAUUUAAUGAGUAGCCUCCACUCAAAUACUUGAUGUCAGGGUUUAAUAUUUAUGUCAAAUAUUACACUCUAAUAUUAUAUUAUAUAUUUGUGUUAUUUAUAUUCUAUUAAAAUAAAGAGAUUAUUUUUGCUGGUGUAAAAUAAA